GAGGGAGAGGGAGGAGCACAUCGUGAUGCAGAGAUGCUGCAGUGGCUAGGGGCGCGCACACACACUCACAAGCCGCGGCGGCGGCGGUGGCGGCGGCAGGACGGCGAGAAGCUGAGGGAGGAGGGCGGGGGAGAGAAGGUGGUUCCGGGCUCAAGGACUCUGGCUGCUGCGUCGGCUCGCCUCUGAUCCACACCCUGCGUCCCAGGUCCCUCUCCUCCUCUGGUCCCAACACCUCUUCAGUCCUUGGCUAAAAUUUUCUACACUCCACACUGCAGCUCCCUCAUUCUCAGACUGGCAAUGGGGAUCCCUGAGCAGCUGCUGAUGGCAUGCUUGGCCAUGCUCUCUCUUUCAGCUUGGAAUCCAGCCCAGGGCUCUCCUGCCAUCUUUGGGCCUAUCUUUGAGGACCAGCCUGUCAGCUCCUUAUUCCCUGAGGAAUCAUCAGAAGAGAAGAUAGCUCUGGCCUGCCGUGCCCGGGCAAGCCCUCCAGCCACAUAUAGAUGGAAGAUGAAUGGCACCGAGAUGAAGCUAGAGCAGGAUCCCCAUUACCAGCUGGUUGGAGGCAACCUGGUCAUCAUGAAUCCCACCAAGACCAGGGAUGCUGGUGUGUACCAGUGCCUGGCCACCAACCCAGUGGGCACCGUAGUCAGCAGAGAGGCUGUGCUCCGCUUUGGCUUUUUACAGGAAUUCUCCAAGGAGGAAAGAGAUCCUGUGAAAACCCAUGAGGGCUGGGGGGUGAUGUUGCCCUGCAACCCACCUGCCCACUACCCAGGUCUAUCCUACCGCUGGCUUCUCAAUGAGUUCCCCAAUUUCAUCCCAACUGAUGGGCGGCACUUUGUGUCCCAGACAACGGGAAACCUGUACAUCGCCCGGACAAAUGCCUCUGACCUGGGCAACUACUCCUGCCUGGCCACCAGCCACAUGGACUUCAUAACCAAGAGUGUCUUUAGCAAGUUUGCCCAACUCAACCUGGCUGCAGAAGACUCCCGUCCAUCUUCACCAAGCAUCAAGGCCAGAUUCCCCUUGGAGACCUAUGCACUGGUUGGACAGCAGGUCACCCUGGAGUGCUUUGCUUUUGGGAACCCGGUCCCUCGGAUCAAGUGGAGGAAACUAGAUGAUUCUCUGCCCCCACAAUGGGCCACUGCCGAGCCCACACUGCAGAUCCCCAGCGUCAGCUUUGAGGAUGAGGGCACCUAUGAGUGUGAAGCAGAGAACACCAAAGGCCGGGACACUGUCAAAGGCCGGAUCAUUGUGCAAGCUCAGCCUGAGUGGCUCAAAGUCAUCUCAGACACCGAAGCUGACAUUGGCUCCAAUCUGCGCUGGGGUUGUGCAGCUGCUGGCAAGCCAAGGCCCACUAUUCGGUGGCUCCGGAAUGGGGAUCCCCUGUCCUCCCAGAACCGUGUGGAGAUUUCUGGUGGGGAUCUGAAAUUCUCCAAACUGGUCCUGGAAGACUCUGGCAUGUACCAGUGUGUAGCAGAAAACAAGCAUGGAACUAUCUAUGCUAGUGCUGAACUGGCAGUACAAGCUUUUGCCCCUGAUUUCCGGCUGAAUCCAGUGAGGCGUCUGAUCCCAGCUGCUCGAGGGGGAGAAGUUAUCAUUCCCUGUCAGCCCAGGUCAGCUCCAAAGUCCAUUGUGCUGUGGAGCAAAGGGACCGAAAUCUUAGUCAAUAGUAGCAGAGUGACCAUCACACCAGAUGGUACCUUGAUCCUUCGGAACAUCAGUCGGUCAGAUGAAGGAAAAUAUACCUGCUUUGCAGAAAAUUUCAUGGGCAAAGCCAACAGCACUGGCAUCCUCUCUGUUCGAGAUGCCACCAAGAUCACCCUGGCACCAUCCAGCGCUGACAUCAAUCUGGGUGAGAACCUGACUCUGCAGUGCCAUGCCUCCCAUGACCCCACCAUGGACCUCACCUUCACCUGGGCUCUAGACGGCUUCCCCAUUGACUUUGAUAAAUCUGGUGGCCACUACCGGAGAGCCAGCUUGAAGGAAACUAUUGGGGACCUGACAAUCCUGAAUGCCCAGCUGCGCCAUGGUGGAAAGUAUACAUGUAUGGCCCAGACUGUAGUAGACAGCACAUCAGAGACUGCGACCCUUCUGGUCCGAGGUCCACCAGGUCCUCCUGGUGGAGUGGUGGUGAGGGACAUCAGCAACACCACUGUCCAACUGACUUGGAGCCGAGGCUUUGACAACCAUAGUCCGAUCGCCAAGUACACCCUCCAAGCCCGAUCCCUGCCUGAUGGGAAAUGGAAGCAGGUCCGCACCAAUCCUGCCAAUAUUGAGGGGAAUGCAGAGACUGCCCAGGUUCUGGGUCUCACCCCCUGGAUGGACUAUGAGUUCCGGGUCCUUGCCAGCAACAUCCUAGGCACAGGAGAGCCCAGUGGACCCUCUAGUAAAAUCCGGACUAAAGAAUCAGCUCCCACGGUAGCACCCUCAGGACUCAGUGGAGGAGGCGGUGCCCCUGGUGAACUCAUUAUCAACUGGACGCCGAUGUUACGGGAAUACCAGAAUGGAGAAGGCUUUGGCUACCUGCUGUCCUUCCGCAGACAGGGCAGCUCAGACUGGCAGAAGGCCAAGGUCUCCCACGCUGACGCCCUACACUUUGUUUAUCGUAAUGAAAGUGUCCGGCCCUAUACGCCCUUCGAAGUAAAGAUCCGGGGAUACAACCGCCAGGGAGAGGGACCUGAGAGCCUCACCACCACUGUGUACUCUGCUGAGGAAGAGCCCAGGGUAGCCCCAGCCAAAGUCAAAGCCAAGGGAACUUUGUCCUCGGAGAUGGAUGUGAUGUGGGAACCAGUACAUCAGGACGAUAUGAACGGGGUCCUCCUAGGUUAUGAGAUCCGCUAUUGGAAAGACGGAGAUAAAGAGGCAGCAGCCGAUCGUGUCAGGACGGCCGGGCUGGACACCACUGCCCGGGUCACUGGCCUGCAGCCCAACACCAAGUACCACGUGACAGUUCGGGCCUACAACAGGGCAGGCACGGGGCCCGCCAGCCCUUCCACCAACGCCACCACCAUGAAGCCCCCUCCCAGGCGACCUCCAGGGAAUAUCUCCUGGACACUCUCCAGUUCCAGUCUCAACAUUAAGUGGGAUCCAGUCAUCCCGCAACGAAACGAGUCUGCGGUCACUGGCUACAAGAUGCUGUACCGGAAUGAUUUACACUCAGCCCCCAUUCUCCAUUUGGCCAACAAGAACUGGAUAGAGAUCUCCGUCCCUGAAGAUUCCAGCCAUGCCCUAGUACAGAUUCGGGCCACGGGACCAGGAGGUGACGGAAUUCCGGCUGAGGUUCACAUCGUGAGGAAUGGAGGCACAAGUAUGAUGGUGGAGAACUCAGCAGUCUGUCUGGCCCCACAUCUGGGUACCAUCCUCUUCCAUUCACUGGCGAUGCUGGCCCUCCUUGGCUGCUUGGGGCUCUGAUCCUGGCUUCCUCGUUCCCUCCCCUACCCCAGACCUGGACAACAGGACAGAUACCUCGGGAUGAACAGAGCCAGCUGGCCCCUGGCACACUCUCCCGAUGCUAAGGACCUCAAUACACUAUAUGCCCAAGAAGAUUGGUUUUAAACAGCAAACUCUAAACAAUACCUUUUCUGUAGGAGGGUAGGACAUUUCAUAUAUGCCAGGGACUGGAACCCAAGGAAGGAUUUUUUUCCCUUUAUAACCAGGAGGAAACGGGCACAAAAACCCAUAAAUAUUGAACUCAAAGUCCACAUGACACAUGAUCACUGGGCUUUCUGAUGGAAAGAACUAAAUGGACAUAAGGAUGGGGUUUUUUAAUACAUGUUCUUUGGACUAAUAGAGAUGGCACCCUUUAGGGACCCUAGAUAUAUCUGAAUCCAGAGAGGUUCAGGCCCGCCCAGGCCCCUGGAUACAGGCCGAAAUGGAUCUAGGGCUGGGGAAGUGGACCUGGAGACCCUGAUACAAACAUUCCCCAGCCAACUGAAGGGGAAAGCAAUGGGCCAAGGACUGCUCGCCCCCCACCUUGAAUGGGGGGAAGAGCUUGAGAUCACUUUUGGUGUUUCCUCAUCCUUCUAGGCAGCUAAGAAAAACUGCAGAUCCCCGGAUUCUAGGAGCUUCGGGAUCCAAAGGGAGUUCCGGGUAAUGUGGGGAAGAGGGAGGCAGGAAGAUAAGGUUGCAGCUGCUGGGAGAAUGAUCUCAGCCAAAAGGCAACCCCAGAUUAAAAAUGAAGCUACCCCCGGGGACGACAGCCCAGCUAUCACAUUUGCAAAUCCAUGCAGACAAAGCAAACAGGCUUCUCUUGAGGGGACUGCAUGACUGAAGGGCUGUGUCUUGGUGAGGUGCCCACCCCAUGUCCUGUUCUAGGAGUUGGACAUGGAAAACUGACAACUUUGCCUCAGCUUCUUUCUUUUUCCCAGUAAUUCUUAAGGACCUUCCUUCCAAAUCUGAAGUUCCCUGUCCAAUGAGAAGGAUCCUUUCCCCUCUCCUCUCCUCUCCUGGGGCCAGAGCUCCAGCCGGGUUAUUUUUGGAAGGAUUAGUUCCCAGGAUUCUAGAGUCAGAAGCCAGACUGGUGGGUAGAGAGAGCUGUGUGCCAGAAGUUCCUUUGUCAGACUUGUUGAGGUAUUUUUAAUGGCCUCACUCCAUCCCUCCUUCCACCUUUGUGUUGCCUCAGAGUGCCCCAAUGAAAAGGAAAGGCUUACCUUGUGCUUGAGGGAAUGUUAGGAAAGGUGAGAAAAGGGGGACUAAUAGUCUGCAGCCUACUCAGAAAAGUUUAACUCCUCUGGGCCCCAAUUUUCCCAUCCCAAGUAAUUUGAACUUGAUGACCUCUAAGUCUCCACAGUUACAAUUGUUUUUUAAAAAUCUGGUUAAUGGGCAAAGGAAUGGGUCUAAUCAUAGGAUGGGUCCCUAGUCACUGGGGGGGUACAGCUGCUUCAGCCUCUCUACCCCUACUCAUAUGGGUGGAUUCGUGAGGACAUCUUGGUCUUCAAUGUCCUCUGUCCCCACAGCUGUAGACCUGUUUUGAAGGGCCAUCCUUUUCCCCUCACCUUCUCCUCUGAGGUCAGCUGAGAAAGGGGCACAAUACCAAGACACUGAUUUUCCCCCAGCCUAGCAUCCCCCCAGGCCUCUCCCUGAGCACCCCAUACAUACACAGGGUCUGCCAUUUUGGAAGGCAUCUGCCCCUCUGAGGUUCACUCACUGUGGCCCAUUUUCCCCUGAGGAUUUGUUUGUAUUCUGUAGUUAUUACAGUGAAAUUUCUAUUUUAGUAUCCUUUUUAUAUAUUUUUAGAUCCUGCUCUAUUUUCAGGGCAGGUCUGCAUUCCUUCUGCUAAUGACAGCUUUCUUUUGGUAAACUUGACCCCCUCUCCCCUUCCUGCUCCUUUGGGAGCCAGGCAGAAUUAAUGGAGAAUCUGAUGUCCCACCUCCCUAUCACCACCUCAGCCCACCUACCAAUGCUGUAAGGAUUGUGGAUCUUUCAGAUCAACUGAAAAGGAGGUGGUGGAGGAAACCUCUGUGUGGCCUCUCAGCUGAGAGCAGGGGUAGCCAGCCCCCCAAGGGGAAUGCUUCCCCUCUCAAUCCCCUCACUUUUGGCCAGUGGCUAAAUUUGUCUCUUUCCCUCAGAAAAAAAGCUGGAGGCAAGAUGUUUCUUUAGGGGUUGAAGAGAGCUUGAGGUGGGGGCUGCCCAGGUUCAUUUGGGCCCUCUCUUUUUUUCACUAUCCAUAGGGACUGUGACAUAGGAAGCCAGAGGGAAACAGGUUCAGCCCUCAGGUGUUAGGCAAAGCUGGGCAGGGGCUUUUUGCCUGCUUCAGGCAAGCAGCUCUGCCACCUUCCCAGGUAAGGAGGCAUUUGGAGAGAAGCAGUUGUGAGGGACAACUUGUGUAUGUGUGUUUGGGGGCUGCAUCCCAGGAGACCCCACCAUGUCUAAACCAAAAGACCAGGUGAGUCCCUAAGAAUAGACUUUUGCCUUCAGGAUACCAUGCCUCCGAAGACCUGGGGAAGGGAUUUAACCGAGCAAAGGAAGCCAAGGAAAUAGGUUAGGAUGCAGAGGGCAGAUGCAGGUUGGACCCCCUGCCUAAAGUUUGAUGUGGCUAAGGCAGAUUGUGGAUUCUUCAUUCAUCAGGACCCCUACAAAAUGGGAUGGCUUGUAUUGGGUCUUGCCCCCUCAGUCAGAAGAGUCCAUUGGUACUUUCUACCCAGCCAGUCUGAGGACAACAGACUUUGGGAGAACAGCAGCUCCCUGCUGCCUAUUAGCUCCCACUCAGUUUUCCACAAAUCCCAGCCCUAGUUCUGUUCCAUGUCAGAAGUUUCCCCUUCCCACUCCAUUUGCAGCCAUGGAAGAGAAGACAAAAAAAAAAAAAAAAAAAAAUACAGGUGCUUUUUCCCUUUUUUUUUUUUUUUUUUAACCACCCAUCUUGCAGUUUGCCUAUACAAGUGCCUUGUGGACUGGGAAAUGGGGAUUUUUCUCUCUGAUCCCCCUACCACUUGCAAAGAUUUCUCCAAGGAGAGUGAUUAGGGGAGGGAGGGCGCCAAAGGAACCGAUGUCAGCUAUGUACAUUUGGCAAAGAAAGGUAGGUAUCCUUCUGUCCCUGCUGGUUUCCUUGCUGCUUUAACAUUCCAGAUGUUACCUCCCUCUCCUGGGAGUGGAGGGCAGCUCUCUCCAGGUGUGCACUGAAGAAACUUAGGGGAACGAAGAGAAUCUGGGCUUUGGGGGUGCAGAGAGCACCUGCUUGUUGGGCUGUUUCCUUGAUUUCUGAAAGGUUGGCGUGGUGAGAACAGUCCCCGCAGUCUGCUAUCUUCAGUUCUACAAACUCAGGGGAGAGCUUCUACGCUGAUCAAUUCUUCCAGCUGACUAGCUGGGCUCUCUAGCAAAGAAACAGCAGGAGGGAGCGAGAAUGGACAACGGUAAAAUUGCUGGACCCUGGAAUAAUGUCUGGGGGAAAGCUAUGGAAUCGUCCUACUCCAGAGACCUUUAGGAAAAGAAGACGCGGUCCAUAGUCCUGCUUAGGAACAGGCCCAUAAUGUCCUCUCAAUGUCUCCUUCAGAUGAGGAUCCAGUGAUUCCCAAGACUGAGGAUCCAGUGAUUCCCACAGCCAGAUCCCCUGGUUUGUCACAGAGCUUGAGAAGGCUGAGGCAGUCUUUUGAUUCCUAUCAUCUCUUCCCCAGCUACAAGGACUCUCCCCAACCUCCCCUCUUCCCACUUUUUCCAUUGUUCUCAUGUUUUCCCUCCCUUUCAUCCUCUUCGACUUUCCCUUCUUCCCACCUUCUCAUUUCCCCUCCCCCUUUUUCAUUACCUCUCCAUUCUUCUGCUUUCCACCCUCUCAUUUUCCCUUCUCACCAUCUUUCCAUUCCUCCCUUUCCACCAUCUAUUCCCCUUCUGCUUUCCAUCCUCUCAUUUUCCCUCCCCCCUUCCACCAAUCUCUCCAUUCCCCUUCUCCUGCUUUCCACCCUCUCAUUUUCCCUUCCCCCUUUUUGCCAUCUCUCCAUUCCCACCUUUCCACCAUCUCUCCCUUCCCUUUCUCCUUUUCCCCCUCUCAUUUCCCUUUCCCCAUUUACACCGUUUCCCAAUCCCCCUAUUUUCUGUGCCAUUUUUGCUGGUCUCCUGCCUCCCCCACAUACACACCUUCCUUCUCAGGCCCAGGAUGCUCAUGGUUGUUCAUUACCUGCAGCAUCAUUUUGCAGCAUUCUCUAAUAUGGGCCAGCUCCUGCCUCGUAAGUCAACUUUUCCUGAUCAUGGAGCAGGUUCUUUGUUGAGUUCCAUUCCCUAAAGGACUACAGGUGCUGCAACAGUGCAUUGGACCUAUGGGUCCAUAUAUUUUGUUAGAACAGAAUGGGAAUUGGGCUUGUCUUCCCCGACUUGGCCUGUCACGCAAAAGUGUUCCCAUCUCACUUUGGAAAUCGGGAGGGAGUCUCAAGCACUUGUACAUACGGCAUUAUUAGGAAGUUGUGUCCUUCCCUCUCUGGGCUGGAUACAUGCCUUUGUUUCAGGAAAGAGCCGCUGGGGGAAGAAAUGGGUCUAAGAAUCCCUUUCCUGAGUCCUAGAUAGCCUGAGGGGGAAACGCAGCAUUCAAAGCCCACGCCUGGGUGGUCCCCUGUCUCAUCCCCCCAGGUUACCUGUCCUCCCUUCCUGGUCAGAGCCCACUUUCCAGCAGGGAUUACUCUCUACAGAGUUCUCUGCAGGGCAGGGGCAGUGACUUCUUCUGGACUAUUUAAUUGUAUGGUAUUUUUCUGUUUAAGUGGGGGCCCCUCCCACUGCACCACUGUGUGUCUCUCCUAUUGACUGUAAUGAAAGUUAUUUAUUGAUUCUGUUAGCAGACAGUUCUUAAAAUAAAGAUCGAUCCUCAACCUGUUUGGCAGCUACUA